AUGGGUGGCAUAUUCUCAAAAGGAUAUCUACCCGAACUGCCAAAGGGAUCAAUGAUCAAACUUGGCAUUAUAGGUCUAGAGAACUCUGGAAAGACUACACUGUUGAACAAGUUUGUAGACUCAUCAUCAAAGAAGAGUAUAGAGUCAGUGAUAGUGUCGAUGGGAUUGAAUAUGGAGUCUAUAUAUUACAAGGGAUGGGAGGUGUUUGCAGGCGACCUAUUAUAUCCCAAUUACAUACGCAAGUCGUACAAGCCUUACCUGAUGGCAUGCGACGUUGUAAUAUUUGUGGUGGACUCGUCGGAUUUCCUGCAGAUCUCGUCGGCCAAGGAGCAGAUCGACCUGCUGCUCACAGAGAACGUCAUCGAGAGCAGCGUGUUCCUGGUGCUGGCCAACAAGCAGGACCUGAAACGACGCAUUGCGCCGGUGCAGCUGGAGAACUACCUGGAGCUGUACCGUCUCAACAUUCCCUGGAAGUGCAUUCCGACCUCGUUCGACACUGAGGUCGGCAUAGAGGACUCGAUAAAGUGGAUUUUAGAGAACGCUAUGACUCGAACUGUACCCAUUGGACUAUAG